AUGUCUGUGGAUAAUUUCAAGACCAACAUCUAUGAGUAUCUUGAGACUCUACCUACCAUUACGUUUAUGCGGCUAUUUGAAAAGCCUGCUACGUGUCUAGCUAUCUUUAGAUUGUUACCAAGUCUAGGAAGACAGAUUGUCAUGUCUUUGUUGUAUAUGGAGAUGCCCAUGCCCGUUGUGGAUAUACAUACAUGGGUCAACAAAGAAGGUCAAAGAAAGUUGACUGAAUCCCUUCUAAAGCUCUCAAGACUUCGUAUCCUUGAACAAAAGGAUCAAGUAUUAAUCAUGAACAACACUUUUCGACAAGAAUUUCAAAAUGCUUUGACAGGAGGUGGCACACAACAAUCAUUUGGCUUACCUUAUGCUUCUCCUGAUAAGCAUGCAGUCGAUGUCCAUUUUUUGGACAAUUAUGCUACUACACAAUGGGAAGCUAUUCUUCACUACAUGGUAGGCACUUCACUUACAAAGAAACCUAGUCGAGGUGUCUUGAAUCUACUGGAACGAAGUAAACUGAUGCAGACAAGCUCAGAGACAGGCCAGCUACAGAUUACUAACAAAGGCUUUCAGUUCUUACUUCAGGAUGUCAAUACACAAGUAUGGGCAUUUUUGUUGCAAUACUUGGACAUGGCUGAAGUACUUCAAAUGGAUCUGGUUGAAGUCCUUAACUUUCUGUUUCAACUUGGAUCAUUGGAGUUAGGAGAGAACUAUUCUGUUGAGACCUUGACACAAACGCAACUUCAAAUGUUGGAAGAUUUACGUGAUUAUGGCAUUGUGUACCAAAGAAAGAAAGUGUCCAAAAGAUACUAUCCUACGCGAUUAGCCACCACGUUAACUUCGGGCAAUGCUGCACUUGCUGGUACAACCAUUGUCAAUACAAAUGAUCCUAUCAAAACUGCAGCUACCAAUGAUGCUGAACAAGCAGAUCAAGGAUUCAUUAUCUUGGAAACUAAUUACAAGAUUUAUGCUUACACUGAUUCACCGCUUCAAAUUGCUGUCUUGAACUUGUUUGUUCAAUUGCAGUCUCGAUUCAGGAACAUGGUAACAGGUGUAAUCACAAGAGAUAGUAUUCGAAAUGCUCUUAUGAAAGGCAUUACUGCAGAACAGAUCAUUUAUUAUAUGCAGUCGCAUGCCCAUCCCCAAAUGAGAAAAAAGGUACCUAUUUUGCCUCUUACGGUUAUAGAUCAAAUCCGUUUAUGGGAAAUGGAGAGGAACAGAUUGAAGCCUACUGCAUCCUAUCUUUACCAUGAAUUCAAUGUUCAAGCUGAUUUUGAUGCGGCUGAGAAAUAUGCAAAGGAUUUAGGUGUAUUGUUAUGGUCUAAUCCUUCUAAGCGCAAGAUGACAAUCUCUGAAAGUGGUCAUGAGAGUGUAAAGAGCUUUGUCAAGCGAAGAUUGCAAAAAGCAGCAUAA